CAAUUCACAGCGUUUCAGUGAAGUUCGCCGUCGUCGGAACUCAUGGAUCGACCACCGUCGUUUCCGCACUAUCAAAACCCUAAUCUGAACUUCUUCCACCAUCGUCCUCCUCCAAACCCUAAUCCUAAUUUCUUCUUUCGACCUCCUCCACCUCCACUUCAAAACCUUAACACUCACCCCAUCGCUCCAUCUCCGCCGCCGAUUCGCGAGCUCUCCGGUACUAUCUCAUCGUUACAGUCUCUGUUGUCGGAAUGUCAAAGAACCCUAGAUUCUCUCUCUCAAAAUCUAGCUUUAGACCACUCUCAUCUUCUCCAGAAGGACGGAAAUGGCGGUUUUGUUCGUUGCCCUUUUGAUUCAAAUCACUUAAUGCCACCAGAAGCUCUCUUUCUCCAUUCACUUGGUUGCCCAAAUCCUCUUGACCUCACUCACCUUCUUGGAUCCUUAAGUAGUUACCGGAACACACUCGAGUUACACUGUGAAGUACAGCUGAAGGACGAUGGUGGUGAUCUCUGUGUCUCCUUAGAUGAUGCGUUAGCUGAUUUUGGAACUAGUUUCUUCUACAAAGAUUGUCCUGGAGCUGUGAGCUUCUCUGAGCUCGAUCGCAAAAAGCUAACUUUAACACUUCCUAAUGUUCUAUCUGUGGAAUGUAGCGAUUUGGUAGUUCUUGAUGAGAAGGAGAAAAAUAGUAUGCUAGGGAUAUUACCGUCUGAUCUCUGUUCAAUAAAGAGUGAGAUUGAUCAGUGGAGGGAUUACCCAAAUUCGUAUUCCUAUAGUGUUCUUUCUGCUAUUCUGGGUUUGAAUGUGAUUGAAACGAGCGAGUUGAGCUCAUGGAUUCUGGUUACUUCCACGAGAUUUGGUGUAAUAAUUGAUACUUACAUGAGAGAUCAUAUAUUCUUGCUCUUUCGGUUGUGUUUGAAACCGGUUGUGAAAGAAGCUUGUGGAUUUAUGUUGGAGUCUGAUGUUAAUGCUGUUGGUGUGCAGAAGAUUAUGAGCUGCAAAAGUAGAGUAUUUGAGUGUCCAGUCUUGGUUCGAGUGUUUUCUUGGUUAGCUUCUCAACUUGCUGUCUUGUAUGGAGAAGGAAAUGGCAAGUUUUUUGCUCUAGAUAUGUUAAAACAGUGCAUACUAGAAUCCGCCUCUCAAAUAAUGUUGUUUCGGUCAGAAAGAACCACACUGGAUGAUGCAAGGUUGAGUAAUAAGGAUGGGAAGAUGGAGAAGCCCUUCGAGAGUAGUUCAGGUGGGGAAGGAGGCAAAACUUUGGACAGUGCUCAGGUGAUAUCUGUGUCCCGUGUUGCAGCAGCUGUUGCAGCAUUGUAUGAAAGAUCCAUGCUUGAAGGGAAAAUAAGGGCGAUACGAUAUGCCCAACCACUAACAAGAUAUCAGCGGUUGGCCGAGCUUGGUGUUAUGACAGCUAAAGCUGAGGAAGAACGGAAAAGACGUUCUAGCUACCAGCCUAUUAUUGAUCAUGAUGGUCUUCCGAGACAACGCUCAUCAAAUCAGGAUAUGAAUAAAAUGAAGACAAGAGAAGAGCUUUUAGCUGAAGAGAGAGAUUACAAGCGUAGGAGAAUGUCAUACCGUGGUAAGAAGGUGAAACGAACGCCUCGACAGGUGUUACGUGAUAUAAUAGAAGGAUAUACAGAAGAAAUUAAGCUAGCAGGAGGGAUUGGAUGUUUUGAGAAAGGAAUGCCAUUACAAUCCCCGUCUUCUGUAGGCAACGAUCAGAAAGAAAGUGACGUUGGCUACGAGACUGCACCAUCAACAUUAACAGAUGCAUCAUCAAGAGUCUAUAAGCAAUGGAAUGGAGAGAAACAUGCAGAUAUUGAAUAUUCAAAGGAUAGCAGAAACAAUACAGAUAAAGUAAACCGGCAUAAGGAGUAUGAUUCAGGUAGUUCGCAGAGACAGAAGAGUCACAGAUCAUAUAAACACAGUGAUCGAAGAGAUGACAAGCACAGUGAUCGAAGAGAUGAUGAAUUCACAAGGACCAAACGGCAUAGCCUCGAAAAGAAGGCUUAUCAUCAAAGCCACAGAUCAUCUCGUGAGAAGAGUUCAUCAGAUUACAGGACCAGAAGGGAUGAUCCAUAUGACCGCCGCAGUCGGGAACCUAGGAAUCAAAAUUCGUUUGAAGAUAGAUACAAUCCAACAGAAAAGGAGUUAACUUAAAAAGAAGUAAAAGUUUACCUGGAGCAUCAGAGCAAUUAUGUGUGAAUCUGUAUCCUCUUUUGUAUCCUUCACCAAAUUCUUACCUUGUUUGAUGCAUCUGAGUGUUAUCUGUCUUUAUCUCACUUGGUGAUACUCAUUUUCCAGCUCUCUUGGAUUUAUAGUUCCACUGUAGUUACCAUAGAUGCCUAUAUAUUUCAGUUUCCUUUUUCUUCUCUGGUUGUGACAGAUUGAAGUUAAUUAAGUAUGUUCUUGCUAUGAACACGCCGUGAGCCAUGAGAUUGCUGGGAAGAAAUGGUGAACUCCAGAAGUGAUCGUAAUUGUGAUAUACUCCUAUGUUUUUUAAGUCUCGUUACUUUAGGAAAUGCAUGUAGAUGACAAAACACCAGUUUAAGUGAUGUAAUCCCUACUGAUUUUGCUUCUGUUCCUAUUUCAGUUUUGCCUCAAACUUCUCUAA